ACCACCCCCCCAUCCUCCUCCACCUCCUAGCACCCCCCCUGCUCCCAGCCCUCCUCCCCCCAUCGUCUCCGCUCUUUCCUCUCGACAGGCGGCAGGAUGGACGUCGUAAAUCAGUUGGUGGCGCAGGGUCAGUUCAGGGUCUUGAAGGUUCCACUGGGCUUCAUUAAGAUCUUAGAAUGGUUUUUCGCCAUCUUUGCCUUCUCCACCUGUGGCAGUUACUCUGGAAUGUUCCGGAUGUCAGUGGAGUGUAAGAACCGAACAGACAGUGACCUGAGUAUAGAAGUGGAGUUUGAGUAUCCGUUCAGACUCCAUCAGGUGUACUUCGACGCCCCCACCUGUAAGGGCGGGAGCACGGAUCGCGUCUUCUUGAUCGGUAACUACUCUUCUUCCGCCGAGUUCUUCGUCACCAUCGGUGUCUUUGGCUUCCUCUACUCAACAGUGGCUCUCGGCAUCUACGUUUUCUUCUUUGAGAAGUACAAGGAGAACAACAAAGGCCCCCUAAUUGACCUGGGUGUGACAGCAGUGUUUGCCUUCAUGUGGCUGGUAAGCUCGGCGGCCUGGGCCAAAGGUUUGUCUGACGUGAAGACAGCAACCGAUCCGGACGAGGUGAAGACCACGAUCCCUGCCUGCAACGUGGAGGGGAACCGCUGCCGCGAAGUUCACGACCCAGUCAUGUCUGGUCUGAACACUUCUGUGGCGUUUGGUUUCAUAAACCUGGUCCUGUGGGUUGGAAACCUCUGGUUUGUCUUCAAAGAGACAGGCAUCAUCGCGCCGUUCAUGCGGGCUCCUCCUCCUCAGGCAAAGCCUGCUCCAGAUGCAUACGGCCAGCAGGGCGAGUACGAACCAGACCCAUAUGCCAGCAACCAAGGAGGUUACCAACCCAACUACAGCCAGCAAGGCUACAACCAGGAUGCAGAGUACGGUCAGGGCUACGCCCAGCAGGGGGCACCCACUUCUUUCUCCAAUCAGAUGUAAAAGGACAGGAAGCAGAAAGUAUUGGAGUGAACCAACAGUGGGUCGCCUGCAACCUACCCACAAUGCAACACUCCUGUUUGGCUGCAAAGUUAAUGGGUGGGAUGGAACAAAGGGUGGGAGGGGGAUUAGGUGUUUACUAUAACAAAUUAAUAUGUAAAUGAUUGACGAAAGAGAGUUAUAAAUGCAACAACAGCAACAGCAACAAUAGCAACGCUGAUGAGCAGAAACCAUGUGAAUAGAAGUUUAAUAUUAAAGUUAAUAGUGGAGAGAAUGUAUGUUUGUGUUGUAUAGAUCACUUUGACCAGAUAUUAUAUAGACUCAACUAUUGAACCAGAUUCUCCUCAGUCAUCCAGGUGAGGCUGUCUGGAAGCUGAGUCAUAGCACAUGGACUUAACUUCCAGACCACUGAGCCAUGAAUCUCUGCCACGCCUUCAUGGGAUGCCCCACCUCCCCCAUGAAACCAGACUGAAGCUGCUCAGACUGUGUUUACACUGAGUCAGAAAAUAACAAAGCCUGCGUCCUUUAGCAUCACCUCCCAGUUGUUUGCUGGUUGUCUUGCUGCAUGUAAAUAUCAACACAGGAAGUGAUGUCAUUCUGCAGACAUAGUAAACGCAGCCUGGACUCCAGCUUCAUGGAGGUAACUGGCGCUAAAUGGCUCCUCGUUAGCUGGAGCUUUGUUUUGUCACAGUCCUACAGGUGAACUGUGGAGACAAUGCGGCUCUGCAGAAACAUCCGUCCAUAGAGGUCACUAUAGCUAUUGCUCAAAGAAGCUUAGACAUUUCGAUGAAAGUCGAACCUCUAAAAGGACCACAAUAAAAUAGAGUGACGAACGUUUCUGUAGGGACACCUACACGCCAAUUUCUAUCGGCCAAUCACAAGCAGUUGCAAGCUGCCUUUGUAAAAGUUUAAUAUUGAUGCUUUUUUCUUGUUUUGGAUCAUUUUUGUCCUUCGGAAGGUGAAGCUGUUUUUUGUGUCUGUAUCUUUCUCCGCAUGGUGAUGUGUUUCUGCUCGUGUUGUACAGUAACCAGUCUGACUCUACUUCCUGUUCACCUGUACAGGUUUGUGUGUUCUACCUGUUCAUGCUCUGAAACUAUUUUCCCUUUUGAUUUCUCUCACCACCCACUAGCUUUAACUCGGUUCUCUUACCUCCAUCACGUCCUUUCUCUUUCUUUCUGGCUCUUUUCUCUUCUUAAUAAUCAUCCUUCCUGCUUCUCCUCUGUUUCUUUUCUUCUUUAUCUGUUUAUUUUUUCAUCUCCUUCAUUUUUAAAUUGUGACUUCCAUUGCAGCCUGUGGUGUAACUUCCUGUGAGGUAAUAUCCUAUUCAGCAUUGGUAACCAUGGAGAUGGUGUUGACAGUGAUAAUGAUGAUGAUGGUGUGUGUGACUUGUUACUAUAGAAACAUCCCUUUCCUCGAUGUGUACUCAGUGGAAGAUUUCAAUAAACAAAAAUAUAAUCUCUG